AUGACACACACACCCACAACCGGGGCGGUAGUAUGCGAGCAUACGACAGCGUCGGCCAUUGGCGCGGAAAUCCUCAAAGCAGGCGGCAACGCUGUGGACGCCCUGAUCGCUGCCGUCCUGGCUGUGGGUGUACUGUCGCCGUACCACUCGUGCAUCGGUGGUGGUGGCUUUGUCCUCGUUCGCACGCCAGAGAAAUGGGACGUCAUCGAUUUCCGGAGCUGCGCGCCAGCCGCGACUACAAUGGACAAUUUCAUGGCCCACUCCUCGCCACACGGCGGACACGCGGUAGCCGUGCCAGGCGAAAUCAAGGGCCUGUACCGCCUGCAUCAGCAGUACGGCAAGGCUGAGUGGGCGUCAUUGUUCGCCCCGAGCGUAAAGCUGUCGCGGGGCGCACGGAUGGGAAGGGACCUGUACGACUUUAUCGCGCGCGAGUGUCCGAACGCGCCAAGAAUUGAGGGGUCAUGGAUGGCCGACGAUCCCGAGUUCGUGCGUGCGUUCAGCCGCGACGGGCGGUUGAUCCAGGUCGGCGAGGUGUGGGCGAGAGAGGAUUACGCGGACGUGUUGGAGGCCAUUGGGGAGAGGGGACCGGAGGCGUUCUACGGCGGCGAGGUGGCUGGGAAUAUCGUCAAGGCUGUACAGGGACGUGGUGGGGUUAUGAGCUUGGACGACUUAAAGAAAUACACGCCGGUCAAUCGUGAACCGCUCUCUACAACCUUCCGCGGCCACGAGGUGUUCUCGGUCCCUGCCCCAGCCAGCGGUGCAGCCCUUCUUGGUGCGCUGAAGACGCUCGACUCGUUCCCACUCUCCAAACCCCUAAGUGUCGAAGACGAGCAUGUGACGGUCGAGGCGAUGCGCCUCGCCUUUGGAGCUCGGACCGAGCUCGGCGACCCGGCCUACGUCCCCGUCGACGCGGUCCAGGCCGCCAUGUUGCGUGGUGCCGCGGACCGGGUUCAGGAGAAGACGCAGGCGCCAGAGUACUACCUUCCCGGCGCGGUUGGGGUUGACGACAACGGCACGUCGUCCAUGGCAGCAGCCGAUGCGAGUGGGUUAGUAGUCAGCCUGACCACGACGGUCGGGACGGCGUGGGCGUCGCGCAUCAUGGUCCCUGGUACGGGGAUUGUGCUCAACGACUCUGUCCUGGAUUUUACCGUCAAGGGCCGGCCCAAUGUAUGGGGAUAUGCGCCUGCGCCAGCCAACUUUGUGGCUGGUUCGCGCAGGCCUCUGUCGAGUAUGUGUCCGUACAUUGUGCUAAAGGACGGGGAGCCGGUGGCGGUGGGCGGGGCUGCUGGUGGUGCGACGAUCCCGAGCGCCAAUAUCCUUGCCGUGCGGAAUAUGCUGGCUUACAAUCUGGGGGCGGGGGAGGCGUUGGCCCAGCCAAGAAUCCACAACCAGGUCCUGCCGAACGUUACUGUACUGGAGCAGUCUAGCGAUCGGGGUAGACGAGUGGUGGGGCUCGGCCAGGACGUCGUGAGGGGCCUGGAGGAGCGGGGACAUGUGGUUGAAUGGUGUGAGAGAUCCCGAGCGACACCAUGCGCCAUGCGUAUCCUGCCGGAUGGGUACGACACGGGCGGCGACGCGCGAAAGUGGGAUGCUGGGGGCGCUGUGUGCGUUGGAGGCAAGGUUGUCGUGCAGAGUCACCCGGCUUAG